AUGGAUGCGCCAAAGGAUGCAUCUCCAUCACCGAAACUGCACACGAGGCUGAGGGUGUGGGAGUUUGCAGACCGUUAUGUAUUUGAACCGGUUGAUGGCCUUGCUGACCUGUUCCUCUCAGUUAGCCGGACCAAUGGAUCUAUGAACCUAGUGCAAGAGUUGCCACCGCGUGGCCCCUCGGCAAACCCAAAAGUUAGGAUAGUGUUUGGUGUGGUAGGAGUGCUCAAGCUUGCAGUUGGAUCAUGUUGUCUGGUCAUCACUGACCGUGAUUGCGUCGGAUCCUACAUGGGACAUGCUGUUUUCAAAGUUACAGGACUAAAAGUUCUCCCCUGCACUACCGCAUCUUCGGCCGAGCAGAAAAAGAUGGAGAGCGAAUUUUCAGACCUCUUGGAUGCUGCAGAGAGGAGUAUAGGCCUGUACUUCUCCUAUGAGGCCAACUUGACACUUACUUUACAGAGGGUAUAUGAUCUUGGGGACACGUUCAAAGCACUUCCACUUUGGAGACAGGCAGAACGUAGAUUUAUGUGGAAUGGUUACUUGUUGGAGCCUCUCAUUGAGAACAAACUGGACCAAUACUUAUUACCGGUCAUUCAAGGAAGUUUUCAGAAUAUACAUGCAGAAGUUGGAUCAGAUAAAGUAGUAGUAACCAUGAUUGCACGCAGGUGCACAAGAAGGAUAGGUACACGGUGUUGGAGACGGGGUGCUGAUCCAGAGGGCUAUGCAGCAAAUUUUGUUGAAUCAGAGCAGAUAAUGCAAACAAAAGGAUAUACAGCAUCCUAUGUACAAGUUCGAGGUUCUAUGCCUUUUUUGUGGGAGCAGAUAGUUGAUUUGACAUAUAAACCUAGUUUUGACAUUGUUAGAGUGGAGGAGGCGGCUCGUGUGCUUGAGCGACACUUUCAUGAUUUACAAAAGAAAUAUGGAGCUGUCGUGGGUAUUGAUCUUGUCAAUACAACUGGUGGUGAAGGCCGCCUGUAUGAAAGAUAUGCAAAAUCGAUUGAGCCUAUUCUCACUGAAGAUAUAAGAUUCAUACAUUUUGACUUCCAUAAAAUAUGUGGUCAUAUUCAUUUUGAGCGCCUUUCACAGUUGUAUGAUCAAAUUGAGGAUUAUCUUAAGAAGCAUAAGUACUUCCUUUUGGAUGAUCAAGGCAAGAAAAUGGUGGGGCAGACUGGCACUGUCAGAACAAAUUGUGUCGAUUGCUUAGAUCGUACUAAUGUAACUCAGAGCAUGGUUGGAAGAAAAACUCUUGAAAGCCAGCUCCAACAACUAGGAGUUUUUGGUGGUAACGAUACAAUCAGCAAUUACCCAGCUUUCGAUGCAGAUUACAAAGUUUUGUGGGCAAAUCAUGGAGAUGCAAUAAGCACUCAGUACUCUGGCACUCCUGCUCUGAAGGGAGACUUUGUCCGGUAUGGGAAACGGACUACUCAGGGAAUUUUUAAUGAUCUGUGGAAUGCACUUGCUAGAUACUACUUCAACAACUUUGCAGAUGGUACCAAGCAGGAUGCCAUGGACCUUCUUCAAGGACAUUACGUAUCAUCAGUUAGUCGGGACGCCGCGCUUCCAAGCAAACCCGGAGUUAUGCAGUCCUUCCGUGUUGCUUUUGCAUUGAUUUUUUGCGCUGCUAUGUUCAUGCUUAUGUCUCUACGACAAGCCCGGAAUGAUCUUCGCCACUUGGUGGUAGCGCUUGUGUGGGCCGGUCUGUGCGUUGGCAUUGCACUAUAUGUCAAAAAGAACGGUAGGAAGUUCUGCAACCGACCUCGUUUUUACCUGUCACGCAAUUGA